CCCCUCGGCCGGAGUCUCCCCCCCCCCCGGCGAGUCCACGCCGCGGGCGCGCGCGCGCAGCCCGCGGCCUGCCGCUGGCCCAUGGAGGUGCUGCACGCGCCGACGUCGGCGGGCGGCGGGGAGGUGCCAACCUCGCUCUGCGGCGGCCGCUUCGAGGUCCUGCGGGAGGUGCCCGUGGCCACCAACCAGCCCCAGUUCUACGAGGGCUGCGACACCGACGACGCGCCCGUGGCCAUCCGGCUGGAGAGGCGGAAGUUGGGGGGGCGGCUGGAGGAGGAACCCGAGGCGAGGAUCCUGCAGGCGCUGGCGUCGCCCUCGCUGCCGCAGGGCUUCUGCGCCGUGCGCUUCUGGGGCCUCGGGAGAGCCCCUCGUGGAAUUGCCUGGUGA